CAGAAGAAAAAGAAGACCAGAAAUACCUUUAUUCAAUAUGACCUGAAGAAGGCAGAGCAGUUCUCGCUGGUAGAUGCUAUGCAGUAUAUCCGCGCCUUCGAGGUCGGACGUAGUCCUACGUCGUCGAAAUACGAAAUGCAUGUCAAACUGCGCACAUUGAAGAAUGGCCCUGUGGUGCGGAAUCGGUUACGGCUCCCCCAUCCCGUCAAGACUGAUCUUCGAAUUUGUGUGAUAUGUCCUCCUGACUCGAAGGCUGCGACAGAGGCUAGGGCUGCUGGUGCCACGUUAGUUGGGGAGGACGAGAUUUUCGCCCAGAUAAAGGAGGGUGUAAUUGAGUUCGACAGAUGUCUAUGUCAUAUGGACUCCCUACAGAAGAUGAACAAGGCACAGCUAGGAAGAAUUUUGGGUCCCAGGGGACUAAUGCCAAAUGCGAAGACGGGAACAGUGGUGAAGGAUAUAGGGGGCACUGUCAGGAACAUGGUUGGUGGCAGCGAGUAUAGGGAGAGGAUGGGCGUGAUACGUAUGGCGAUUGGCCAGCUGGGAUUUACGCCCGAGGAGAUGCAGAGGAAUAUCAAGGCAUUCAUGGAUACUUUGAAGAAGGAUCUUGCACAAUUAAGCGAUAGAAUAUCGAAAGACAUACACGAAGUGGUACUCAGCUCAACAAAUUCACCUGGCUUCAGUCUGAACGGCGAAUUUCGGGGCGCGAACUCGAUACCGACUCAGGAUUUAUCC